AUGGAGGGUCGUGUAGUUCGUGUCCUGGCGGUGAUUACUCUGACCCUGCAGGCUGCCAAAGAUGUCUCGAUGAAAGUACCGCUCGAAUUGGAACCUACGAACCUCGACGAAUCAGCUUGGAUCCCGGUUCCGAAUGCGGCCGGCGAGUGGACCUGGACCCACCGGAAAGUGGUUUCGAUGAUGCACCGCAAGUCGUCCUUUCAGAUGUCGGAUGUGUCGUUCACACUAUACACCAGGCAGGAUAUCGAUGACGAUGGGCAGUUACUGGAGCUAUCGAACGGUGAUUCGAUCGUCGGUUCAAAUUUCCGUUCGGAUCGGCCGACCCGAGUGAUCGUGCACGGUUGGCAGGCCGGUGGAGGUUCACCGAUCGCUUACAGCAUCCGCGAUGCGUACCUUAUGCAUUGGGACUACAACGUGAUUGUCGCCGACUGGGCCACGUGCUCCAUGGCCUGGAACUACGUGCGGGCGGUGGGUUGCGUUCCGACGGUCGGAAAAUCGCUCGAGCUGCUGUUGGACGAGCUGAACCGUAGUGGUGGCCUGUUGAUGGAGACCGUCUACCUUAUUGGUCACAGUCUGGGAGCACACGCGGCCGGAAUCGCGGGCAAGGAGGUAACGAGUGGCCAAAUACACACAAUCUUCGCCCUGGAUCCGGCCUUGCCCUUGUUCUCGAUUCAUGCGCCUGCCAAUCGCAUCAACCACAGGGACGCGAUGUACGUCGAAGUGAUACAUACCAACGCGGGGCUGCUGGGAUUUCAGCAUCCGAUCGGUACGGCCGACUUCUAUCCGAACGGAGGCUCCCAUCAACCGGGCUGUGGCCUCAACAUUGCUGGACUAUGUUCGCAUAGCCGCGCUUGGGAGCUAUUCGUGGAGACGCUGAUGCAGCCGGAAGCGAAGCUUCUCGCCAGCAAGGUCGAGUCGUUAACGGACGUGAAAGGUCCCACCAUUGCCGAAGUAUUUCGCCUGGAUCAAACGAUAGAAAGAGUGAAGAUGGGCGGUGAACCAUCGAGUGCCGGGAAUGCGGAGGGCCUGUAUCACAUCACUACGCGCGACAGUAGUCCAUUUUUCGGAUGA